AUUUAUAAAACUUCAUUUUAAUAGUGGUGAGUGAAGAGUUCGUAUUAAGUUCAACGCGAAAUCAAUUGAAUUUGAUAACUAUUUUCGAAAAACAUAUGAUAUUAAGUAUGCUUACUUUCAGUAUCAACUCAACAAAAGUGAAAAAUUCAUCAUAAUUAGGCACUUCAUGAGAUAAUUUUUUUGAAGAGAAAUCUAUUGGCCUAUAUUGUAGUAGGUAUAAUUAUUGGGUUUUAUAAAUCCUGUUAAAUAUUAAUAUAUACUGUGCGAAAUCAUGAUGACCGACACUUUGACUCCAAAUAAUCAUGUUAUUGCUCUCCCUGGCAAACUAGAUAUUGAAAGCCAAUCUACUACUCCAUCUAAUAAUGAUGAUUUAGGCUGGAAAUCCAAGCUUAAAAUACCCCCUAAGGACAGAAGAAUACAAACCAGUGAUGUAACAGAUAGACGAGGAAACGAGUUUGAGGAGUUUUGCCUUAAAAGAGAACUGUUAAUGGGAAUUUUUGAGAAAGGAUGGGAAAAACCCUCACCCAUUCAAGAAGCAUCCAUUCCAAUUGCUUUGUCAGGCAAAGACAUACUGGCAAGAGCCAAAAAUGGCACAGGAAAGACUGGUGCAUACAGUAUACCUGUAUUGGAACAAAUCGACGUGACAAAAGACUACAUUCAAGCGUUGAUAAUCGUCCCGACCAGAGAACUAGCCCUGCAAACGUCGCAAAUUUGUAUUGAACUUGCCAAGCACAUGAAUGUUCGAGUCAUGGUGACAACGGGCGGCACUAACCUGAGGGAUGAUAUCAUGCGCAUUUAUCAAAAGGUACAAGUUAUAAUUGCCACCCCAGGUCGUAUAUUGGACCUGAUGGAAAAGAAGGUGGCUGAAAUGGAUCAGUGCAAAAUUCUUGUCCUGGACGAAGCAGACAAGCUCCUCUCACAAGACUUUAAGGGUAUGCUUGAUGUGGUUAUAAGAAACCUUCCACUGGAAAGGCAAAUAUUGCUGUUCUCCGCUACUUUUCCAUUGACUGUUGAGCAGUUUAUGAAAAAACAUUUGAGGGACCCUUACGAAAUUAAUUUGAUGGAAGAGUUAACCCUAAAGGGAGUCACUCAGUAUUAUGCGUUCGUGCAGGAACGACAGAAAGUUCAUUGUUUAAAUACUCUAUUUUCAAAGUUACAAAUCAACCAAAGUAUUAUUUUCUGCAAUUCCACACAAAGAGUGGAACUACUAGCGAAAAAGAUCACCGAGCUAGGCUACUGUUGCUACUAUAUACAUGCGAAAAUGGCGCAGGCGCACAGAAAUCGGGUGUUCCACGAUUUCAGAUCAGGAUUAUGUCGCAAUCUAGUCUGCUCUGAUCUUUUCACGAGAGGUAUUGAUGUACAAGCAGUGAAUGUUGUCAUCAACUUUGACUUCCCCAAAAUGGCGGAAACUUAUCUCCAUCGUAUUGGCAGAUCCGGAAGAUUUGGUCACUAUGGUUUAGCAAUCAAUCUAAUCACCUAUGACGACAGAUUCACCUUGCAUCGCAUUGAACAAGAAUUGGGUACCGAAAUAAAACCCAUUCCCAAGGUGAUUGAUCCCAAGCUCUAUGUUGCAUCGAAACUGGAUGGUGAUGAAGACGAUGACGAAAAAUAAAACCCAAUAAAGCAAAAAGAUACUUAAAUCUUGGGUCGAGCAAAUAAAAGUUUAAUCGAUCUAGUUCCAAUUUAUAUUUAAUAUUUAUCAGAGAACAUAGUUUCAGUUGAGUUAUUUUUUACGUAAGAGAAUUUCAAAACGGAAAGUGUCCGAUGCUCAAUUCAUUGUUAACAUAAAGACAUUAAGGAGGUUAAUAAUUUGAAAGACUCGAAAGUGAAAUCUUAGUGGAAGUGAAUGGGUAUUUAUAUGGAAAAUAUUUUAAUGUGUUUCUAUUGGCCUGUUUAUAUUUCCCUGGUAUGGGUUGCAUUUUUGAUAAAUUAUCAUUCAUUACGACAUUGUUUUCUCCAAAUAUCAUCUAGUAAUUUCAAUAAUUGAAUAAUAAAUCAAGGAAGAAUAAUUAGUUAUUUGAAUGAUACUUCAUUGAAAUUUUUGAAAUUGUGUAAGUUACCCAUACAAUUUCAAAACGACCAAUAUCAUGGUGAAAUAUUUGCAGGCUGAUAAAAAAUAUUAAAAUAUUUUUAAAACGGGCGAAUUCCAUUGUAUUUUUAAAAACUUAUCAACACCUAAAUCUCCGAAAAUCCAAUGGAAAUCUUUUGUUUUGCAAGUGAGAGAUCUCAACAUUUCAAAGACAUUACAAGUGCAAGAAGACAGGACAUUAUGUGCUUUGAGAAAAAGUGGAGAUAGGGACUCCCUGUUAUUGUGAAUGAAACGAGUAAAAAAAUGAAAUGAUUUACUCUGAAAAAAGUGAUAAUGUAAAUAAAAGGAGAUUUCUCUCAAUUUCAGUUAUGAUCUUCUGAUUACGAGACUAGUCAGUCAUAAAUUUUCCUUAUAGGAAGAGUUUUAAAAAAAGAUCAAAUCUCAAACGAUCUGUGAUAGCUUAAUAAUUAUUUGAUAAUUAAAAGGCUUUCCUUGGUCGUUUUUACGAUGUGAAACAAAAUUGUAAAUUUUCAUCUCUCUUUUGGUGGAUUUUCAAAAUUAAUAUCUUUUGUUUUGGUCUUUUUCAAUAAAAAUUUAAAUGAGAUGAAAAUAGUACGCACUGUACGUUGUCUGAAGCCAUCCAAACUAUUUCUUCGGAAGUAGUUUCGAAGUGAUCUUAUUGAAAGACUUCUGUUUUUUAUAUGGGGGGAGAACUUUGUACUAUUUAUGACUUAUGAUGUUAUUUGUAUGCUGAAGUUAUUUAUAAUUUUUCUUGAUUAUACAUUUUUUUCCAAAAGGGUAACAAAUUUUUGCAUACAUUUAACAAUUAUUUUGUUAUAGAAAAAUUGGAAAAAACUCGUGAAAGGUGUUUGCUUGUUUCCAAAGCAAAGUAUUUUUGAAAAUAGUAUUAAUUGCAGCUGAAUAAUCAAAUUAUCAACACUUGUUAUUUAAAAAAAAUUCUGUUUCCCUUGAUUUAUGCACAAAAUUAUAAAUAAAUACCUUUCACACC